AUGGCUUCAAAUGCAGAGCUGUCCAAACCCUGCUCUCCAAUCUGUCAGGACGUCCUGAGGGACCCUGUUUCUCUGUCAUGCAGCCACAGCUUCUGUGAGGACUGUCUGAAGACAUGGUGGAAAGGCAGACAAAUACACGAGUGCCCUGUUUGCAGAAGAAGAUCCUCAAUGGAAUAUCCUCUUAAUUUCAGAUCAAAGGAGCACGGUGAGGAUUUCAUCAAGCAUAACGAUUCAAGAUCUUCAUCAAGAUCUGAGUCUGUCUGCAGUCACAAAUUCAGAUCCAUCAAUAAUCUGAAAGAGGAGCUUCAGGAAUCCCUGAAGCCUUUGCAGGAGAAACUGAAGCUCAUUGAAGAAGUUAAAGGAAAGUUUGUUCAAACAGCAGAACACAUUCAGGUCCAAACCCGACUCACAGAGCGGCAUAUUAAGGAGCAGUUUGAGAAGCUUCAUCAGUUCCUGAAAGAGGAAGAGGAGGUCAGGAUGGCUGCUCUGAAGGAGGAAGAGGAGCAGAAGAGUCAGAAGAUGAAGGAGAGGAUUGAAGCUCUGAGCAGAGAGACAGCAGCUCUUUCAGACACCAUCAGAAGCACAGAAGUGCUGAGAGCUGAAGAUGCCUCAUUCCUGCUCAACUACAAGACUGCAGUGGAAAGAGUCCAGCAGUGCCCCCUGCUGGAUGACCCAAAGCUGCACUCAGGAGCUCUGAUAGAUGUGGAACAUCUGGGCAACCUGACCUUCAACAUCUGGAACAAGAUGAAGAAGAUGGUCUCCUACACUCCUGUGGUUCUGGAUCCAAAUUCUGCUAAUCCAGAACUGAUCCUGUCUGAAGCUCUGACCACUGUGAGGCAGAAGCUUCCAGAAAACCCAGAGAGGUUUGAUUACUACCCCCUUGUCCUCGGCUCUGAGGGCUUUAUCGGGACUCACUGCUGGGAUGUGGAGGUCGGAGACAACGCGGUGUGGUUUCUGGGUGUGUUAGCCGAGUCCGUCCAGAGGAAGGGCCACGUUGACCUACAGUCUGGAUCUUGGGCGGUUGGGUUCUAUGAUGGUGUACACACAGCAUUCUGCCCAUCACGUCCCUCCACUGUCCUCCCACUGGAGAAUAAGCUUUGGAGGAUCAGAGUCCAUCUGGACUGGAACAGAGGGAAACUGUCCUCCUCAGAUCCGGAUUCCAACAAACACAUUCACACAUUGGCGGACUCUAACAGAAGGCACAUAGUCCAGCACCUGCUAGAAACAGACUGCAAAGAAUGGCAUGCUGAAACCACCAUUUACAAAACGGAGGAUCUGAGGAGGAUACAGAGAAAAGAUAUAGAGGAAUUUGAUAACCUGGUCGUCCUCCUGGGAACAAACAACAUAAAGGACGGACUGGACGGAAAAAGAGAAGCAACAGAAUACAUACACCUACUGGAAGAACUAAAAGGAAAGACAAACCAAGAAACUGCAUUAUAUGUUGUAGAAAUUCCCCCGAUAGGGAGAAGGACAGGUAAAUCUGAACGAGAGAAGUUCAAUUCCCACUUGACAAGAUACAUACCAAGCGACAUGAAUAUAAUAAGGACACCAGCGGUGGUAAGCAGAACGCCUACAGAGGACCUACUCGACGAUGACCUCCACCUGACCAAAGAAGUUGCAGCUGAAUACGCCAAUCACAUAGUCAAAUGUGUAGAGGCCGCUCAAGGAAGAAAGCUGCAGAAAAGAGAGGAUUGCAAACGUACAAUUAGGCUGACAGCCAACCAAAGCGAGGAUGUACCGCAAAUAAUUGGGAAAAAUGGAUGGAGGAUACAAGACAUGGAAAAGAAACACAAAGUCAAAAUCAUAGUAGAUCACGAAAAACCAACCACAAUCAAAAUCCGAGGAGAACAAAGGAGCACUGAAAAGGCAGAAAAAGAGUUAAGGGCAAUAAUUGAAGAAAAAACCGAAUCGACGGAGAGAAACAGAGACACAAGAGAGCAAGCAAAGGAUGUGGUAUGCCGCUACUACAUAAAAGGUAUAUGCAACAGAGGCACUAGAUGUUUCUACAAACACGUCCAAGACCAAACACCAAACAGAGAAGAACAAACAUGGACAAGGAAAAUGACCAGACAAUGA